AACAGUUUCUACUCAUUGUAGCUUAACUUAAUGAUGUCAAAAAUAGAAGAAACAAAUAAAGAAGUUUUUGUAGUUGACACCAACGUUCAUUUCAUGCCAUAAAUAUCCUUAAAAAAUCUGUGAAAGAAAACUCCCAGUUAUACUUAAGUAUCAUUUUUUGUAUGCUCUAUAUCAUUUUUAAGACCUCAGUCUCAUAUCUUCAUUGUACUUAGGAAUAUCUCAUGUGCAUCAUAUUUUGAACCAGUCGUAUCAUAUUUAAGAUUUUCAGUCCAAAACAAUGAUACAGUGUUUUAUUUAUUUUUGAUUUAGAUUUGCAGCUCUAAAGAAUUAAACACAAUGCCAUUUUAAAGCAGCUAAUAUUGUCUUUCUUUUCUUUACAAAAUGAAAACACAUUUUGUGAUAUAUUUAGGACCCCUUACCCUACAAAAUUCUGUGUGCAUCCAGAAGAUACAGAACAUGCACAAAUAAAAAAUGUAAAUAGUCAAUAACAAAAGUUACAAUCAUUUUCAGUAAAGGAUGUUCUGCUGGCCAAAGUAGGUAGAUUGUAAUAAUCUAGAGCUUUAAAUAAUUAUAAACUAAAGGGAUUUCAAAACUGAAACAAAGUUUGUAACUGGUGUGCCUCAUUAGUUUUAAGUUUUAGUGGUGAGAUGUGGUCAUUAGAUGAGACUAUCCAAAACUUGACAGUGAGCACAGAGGGAUGUGUGUUGGGAAUUACUAGGACAGACAAGGAAACAAGCGAAUGUAUCUGGGGAUUAAAUGGUGUUGAAGUUAAGAUGAGAGCUUGUAGGAGGUGAGUAAAUGACAGGGGAAAAUGUGCAUGAGGCUCAUGGGCGUUUUAUCAAUGAAGGCCAUAAUGGACGGCAAAGUCUACAGGCAACCUUUACGUAGCAGAGGAUGUUGAAUGACAGACUUUAGAUACUACACAAAAAUAAUCCAUGUUGAGAUUUAAUGUGUUUCAAGCAGCCCUCAGAAAAAUGUGACAAGUUCAUUACUUUCGUUGCUGUAAACAAUUUAAGGAAAACUACAAAUCUGUUAAUGAAACAAAUGGUCACCUUUGAUAGAAAGAAAGCCUCGUUUAACUUCGUGUGCUAAACACUAAAUUACUGCGAAUUAAAUUCGCAACUGUUUAAAGCGGUUGGCACAGGUGACACUUAAUGCUUAAAAUCCUUGCUGCGUGCUGUCAUUCACUUUAUAUUGCUUCUAAAAUAAGUCUCCAAACGCGCUUAAUAUCGGUUACGUCGGCGACAAAAUUUUAUAUUUACAUAUACGGCGAGGUUAAUUUAAGGAAAUGAGUUAUCAGUUCCAAGGUCUGCAGUUAAGACACAAUUAAUACCAGGUACUGAAGCAAGCCACGUUAAUGUUGUGUACUGACUACGUCUGCUCUUAUCAGAUCACGCAAAUUUCGGCCUAUGUUCAGAACACACACACACACACGUAUCACUGCCACAAAAAACUUCUUGUUACACUUAUUGACUAUUAAAAACUAACAGCUUCACGUUACGCCAUGAUAACUUGACAAUCUCAAGUCUCCUGUACAUUAACGAGGCACUAUCGAUGAGCAGUUCGUGGAUACAGUACUCUUGCUUGAAAAUACAACAAACUGUGUUUGCAUACGAAUACAAUUUCAGACAUCACAGGGCAUACGCAUUUCACAAGAUACACACCACUUCCAUACUAGUUGGUGCAGAAAGCAAACUGGAUAUUGGUCGAUAAAGAGAGAAAGAAAAAGCAUAGACUUUACACACUGGCAUAAGACGUCUCCUGUGUAAAUUCACGACAUAUAACAAUUUGAAGUCACGUGACCGCAAACGCCAUCUUGGAUUUGAGCCACGAGGUUUUGGCGAGAAAAAUAUAUUUACCGGGUUUAGAGAGAAGUUGGAAAUGCCUUCAAGUAAUCCCUUACCUCCCAAAGAAAAUGCUUUAUUCAAACGAAUUCUGAAAUGCUAUGAACAAAAACAGUACAAAAAUGGGUUGAAAUUUGCGAAGCAGAUUCUUACCAACCCAAAGUUUGCAGAACAUGGGGAGACUCUUGCUAUGAAAGGAUUAACAUUAAACUGCUUAGGUCGGAAAGAAGAAGCAUAUGAAUAUGUUAGAAGAGGUUUACGGAAUGACUUAAGAUCCCACGUUUGCUGGCACGUUUAUGGGCUACUUCAACGUUCAGACAAGAAAUAUGAUGAAGCAAUCAAAUGUUACAGAAAUGCACUUAAGUGGGAGAAAGAUAAUAUUCAAAUUCUUCGGGAUUUGUCUCUGUUACAGAUUCAGAUGCGAGACCUUGAAGGUUAUCGAGACACCAGAUACCAACUUUUUAUGCUUCGUCCAACGCAACGUGCCUCUUGGAUUGGCUUUGGGAUGGCGUACCAUUUGCUUAAAGAUUAUGAAAUGGCUCAGAACAUAUUGGAAACAUUUCGUAAGACACAACUGCAAAAAAGUUCAUAUGACUACGAGCAUAGUGAAUUGCUCCUGUAUCAGAACAUGGUUAUCCAAGAGUCAGGAGCACUGGAAGAAGCACUUAUCCAUCUAAAUAAAUACUCCGACCAGAUAUGUGAUAAACUUUCUGUUCUGGAAACCUGGGGUAAGCUAUACCUAGAACUGAAGCGCUACAGGGAAGCAGAGAGUAUAUACAAACAGCUGCUAAUGCGGAAUCCAGAAAACACAUCAUAUUAUAUGAAGUUGCAGGAAGCACAGCAGCUGAAGGAUCCUGAUGAUAUUCUGCGUAUGUUUGCUGGCUACCAAGAGCUUUUCCCUAGAGCACAAGCACCGAAGCGACUACCACUGAAUUAUGCUUCAGGUUCAACAUUCCGUACCAUGGUAGACAAGUACCUAAGGCAAGGUCUACAUAAAGGAGUACCCCCUCUUUUUGUAGACCUUAGGUCACUUUAUAAAGAUCCAGAAAAGGUUGAGACCAUCCAUAAACUCGUCCUUCAAUAUGUGGAUGCUUUAAAGGCUUAUGGCCGAUUCAGUGCACAAGAUGUCGCAGAAAAUCUUCCUAAGGAGCCUGCUUCAGCCCUUUUAUGGGCAUACUAUUACUUAGCCCAGCAUUAUGACUUUUUAGGGGACACAGAAAGGGCACUUUAUUACAUUGAUGCUGCCAUUGACCAUACACCUACUCUUAUAGAACUUUUUGUAACAAAAGGUCGGAUUUACAAGCAUGGUGGAGAUGUAAUAGAGGCAUACAAGUGGCUGGAUGAAGCACAAGGGUUGGAUACAGCAGAUCGAUAUAUAAACUCCAAAUGCGCCAAGUACAUGUUGAGAGCAAACCUAAUCAAAGAAGCAGAGGAAACAUGCUCAAAAUUCACAAGGGAAGGUGUUUCAGCAAUGGAAAACUUAAAUGAAAUGCAGUGUAUGUGGUUUCAGACUGAGUGUGCUAUGGCAUACCAGAGAUUAGAGAAAUGGGGAGAGUCGCUAAAAAAAUGUCACGAAGUUGAUAGGCAUUUUUCAGAAAUUAUAGAAGACCAGUUUGACUUCCACACAUAUUGCAUGCGUAAGAUGACACUUCGUUCGUAUGUGGGGCUGCUGCGGUUAGAGGAUGUCCUGCGAUCACAUCCGUUCUACUUUAAGGCUGCUCGGUGUGCGAUUGAAGUAUACCUGCGUCUCCAUGAUAAACCACUUCAAGAUGAAACUUCAGAACAGGAAAUGAACACAGAGAACCUAGCUCCAGCAGAAUUAAAGAAGCUGCGCAACAAACAACGUAAGGCAUUACGCAAGGCUGAACGAGAGAGACAGCAGGCGGCACAAGCACAGGAAAAGCGCGAACAGCACAACAAGUCGAGGCAGCAGGCUGCAGACGCUGGUGGCGGCGCAGGCGGCGAGCCUGAUGCGCCACCACAAGAUGAAUUGGUGCCUGACAAGCUAGCACGUGCCCCAGAUCCUCUGCAGCAAGCUAUACGUUUCCUGCAGCCACUGCAACUACUUGCUGCUGAUCACAUAGAGACCCAUCUCAUGGCAUUUGAGAUAUAUUCCAGAAAACGAAAACCACUGUUGAUGCUGCAAGCAAUGAAACGUGCAUAUCGAUUGGAGCCAGAACAUCCAAAACUACACUCGUGUCUUAUUGUGGGCCACGGACUGCUGGAGAGGUGGCAGGCCACAUUGGACCCUGCAGUUGCUACUGUGUUGCGACAGGAGAUGCUGCCAAUUUUUCGUGGACGUGAUCCUCAUCAGAUGAAUGUGCAGUUCCUUGCAGCACACUCAAAUUCCCUCCAAUCACUCAUUGAAGGUGCUAAAAUGAUGUAUCGUCUUGACCCAUCUAAACAAGAGACUGCACUAAAAUUGGUUACCAAAUUGGAUAAGGAUAUUGCUGACGUAAAUCUACAGAACUGCACAGAAGUACUUCGCCUGCUGAAGACUGGUGAGCUGGGAACCUGCCCUACGACCACACUGGCAGACUACACAGCACGUUGUCACUCUCUCUUCCCAUACGCACGUGCCUUUCGUCCUGCAGAGGCCACCAAUGCUUCAAACAACCACAUUACUGAAAACUGUGUCGGGAACAUUGUCAACUGAUGCCGGAUUGCAGCCAUUGCUUGGAGCAAUGGGAUUUCAAGUGCUACCCUUGGUAUUACUGACUGAGUGCAGACCACUCCGACAGUCCAGGUCCGGGCAUGUUGCCUGAUGUCAACUUACAGCACUGAGAAUAUGACACAUUGCUCUUUAAAUUUUAGAAUGAGCUGUCUUUUUUUUUCCAGUUUAUGCACAUGUGCGGAAUCUCCAGUACACAUUUUAAAAAUUCGCAGUUGUGUCAGUCUUUCAAAAAUGUUCAUGUAACAUUAUUUUUAUUUUAUUUUAUUUUUUUUUUUAAAGAAAUAUGUAGAAAAUGUAGUUGUGGAACCAGAAGUACCCAAAAAAAGAACUUGAGUUAAACACUUAACUCUUUCAUUUAGUUCAAUUUAUUGGUCAUUUGUAAUAAUUACUUUAUUCUGUAUUUUGAGUUUCAAAUGAAGUUAUCACAGAAUCCUGAGGAGGCUGCAGCAAGAGACAGUGUCGUCAGUGAGAUCACGCCUUUGAGUGCAUCGAAACAUUAGAAGACAGCACUAGUAAACUCAUUGAAAUUUAGAGGAGGAAAUCCAUUUAAAUAAUUAUUAUAAACUGAGUGACAUUUCAUAGUUAAGAAAAUGUUUGGCUAUCAAGCAUUUAUUCAUUGUAUUUCAUCAUUUUAAAAAUGCAUAGUGCCUGACUUCCAGAAAUUGUAUUGAAGCAGCAAAAGUAGAGCAGAGACUUGUCUUGCCAUCAAGACUGUAGAUAUUAGUUAACAAAAUGUGGAAGUGAUACAUCAGCCCUUUUCCUUAACUUACAUUGAUGUGUCAGAGUAUCGUAUUGCCUUCUUCUCGAAGGUUGGAUGUAGCAAUAGAAUUAAUAAAUGCUGCGACGUUUACUGAACUGUUGUGUGUGUGAAAAAUCAGUGAAGCAGUCGUGAUACAAACACAGGACAUGUUGCUGAGCUCUGUAGCACUGCAGAGGAUUGUACUUGCAACCAAAACCAGGACUUCAGCAUCAAGUAAACCCAGAUAUUCUUGGGAGUAAACUACAUAAUGUUAUCAGGAAGAGUAUCAGAGUGUGACUGUAGCUCUAGUUGUGUUGUUUUAACAGCAGCUGCUGUUGUUGAAGAUGCAAUCACAGAUUUGCUGUGGUUGUCCAUCAGGCACAAGAAUCUUCCAUCUGUUGUAUAAAGUUGUAUAACUCUGUAAUUGUUUCCUUUUAUGAGUAUGUAUAUUUUGUAAAUAUUUAUUCUGUGUUAUAUUUUAUAGGUAGUAUUUUCUGAAAUAUAUCUUUUGUUACAGACAUUCUGAACUGUAAUAAGGUGCCUUUUCCCGCUUCGUGAACAAAACUGUUAAAAAAUGUUUGUGUAGUGUAUGUCGGAAUAUGUAAAACAUGCGUAAUCUUUAACUGUAGAAUCUACAUUUACAGAAGGAUAGAUUUCGAGCUAUAAUAUUGUUUUCCUCAGAGCAUGAUUAGCGCAUGUCCUGUGUGUUUCUUGGCCAAGUUCAAGAAUGUAUGAAUUAUAUCAUAGGACACAAGUUAUAUUGUGAAGCAUAUUCCUUAAAUACAGAGCAGUGACACUGAAUGCCUAAGGUAAACACUCAGUAUUGCUACAAAAUUUUGAACUUUCAAUUUUUUGUACAGUAGGAUUUGUCCUUCUGUGAUAAUAUUUAAUGGAAGCAAUCUUGGAGUGUUUUCCCAGUGUCCAUUUGUAAAACAUACUCUUCAUGAAGUGUAUGAGUUACUGCUCUGUAUACAUGUCCAUUCAUGUAGAUACUCAUGUCAUCUUCAACACUUCUCUGAUUCUUUUGUGUCUGAAAUUCACAUUAUCAGCCGAAAACGAAAGAAGUUGUUGGCCAUUGGCUUUGUAAUCUGGUCUUUCUUCCUGUUUGAAAUGAUUAUUUAAAAAAUUAUUUUGACCGAAUUUGGCAAGUUACAUCAUACAAUCAGUUGAAGAGCACCGUGCUGCUUGUCAUCUGCAUAUGUCAUUUCACUUUUUUAAUGCUUGUGUAUUGUAUUUUAUUUCAUGCUAUUGAAUAAAAGUGUGUUCAAGAAAACAAAUUGUAAAAAUAUGUAUGGUAUUAGUUAGCUGAUCUUACCAGCAUUUUAUAAUACUUGCGAAUGCUGUUAGCACAUGAGUGGUGUGAACUUCACUGUACUGAUGGUUGUCUUGUCCAUUCCAUUUGCAUGCAUGUAAAAACUAAAAUUUUGUUACACUUUCUCUUUUUGUGACAUACCAAUUUACUUAAGUGUUGCAAGUUUUCAGGCUUCUCAUUAAAAUUGUAACAAUAACUGGAUUCCGAAAUAAUUUAGUGCGCCUUCUGCUGUUGAUCUUUGAUGAUUACAGCGAUGUAUUUAGCCACUUUAGUUUGUCAUUCCAGUUUAUUUAGCCAGUGGCACAGAUUAUCAGUACUUACAUAAAACACAAUUGUGUUCUUGUAUCAAUUUGCAUGUAUGUAAACAUGCAAAAAGGCUUAAUUUAUCUUUAUUGUUAAGUUUUUAUCCAUUACACAUAAAGUCUUUGCAAAUAUCCUGGUAAAUUAUUUACUACAUACAUUUCAAGGAUUAAAGAAAAAUGUCUGCUCCAUUUCUAAAAA